AAGACGACGAGCAGGAAGAGGAGGAAGAAGAACCGGGAGCCCACAGAAGCCAGCACUUCUUUUGUUUUGAAGACCCCGACACGCGGGGUCACGGGGGGCUGAAUGGACUCAGACUGAAGACCCGGACUGACAGCAGCCACGCACGCUAAUUAGGAAAACCUGGUGGCGCAAUUAAGCGCACAAGGUGGGUGUUUGUGUUUGGAGGCACUGAAAGUUUGGUGGAGAGGCUGCUUUCCUUUGAGUGGGCAGUUGGAGCUUAUGUCGACCAUGCAAGUUAAGUUUUAAAAGCGCUGUCGAUUGGAAUCUGGCCGAUCCAGCGACGUUUGGCUGCUGGAGCUCGCCUAUUUAGCUCCACAGUCCCCUCGACACCAUGAGUUGGAGUUUCCUCACACGUCUGCUGGACGAGAUUUCUAACCACUCCACCUUUGUGGGGAAGAUCUGGCUGACGGUGUUCAUCAUCUUCCGCAUCGUCCUGACAGCAGUUGGCGGAGAGACGAUCUACUAUGAUGAGCAGAGCAAGUUUGUCUGCAACACACAGCAGCCGGGUUGUGAGAACGUGUGCUACGACGCCUUUGCGCCGCUCUCACACGUCCGAUUCUGGAUAUUUCAGGUAAUUAUGAUCACCACUCCAACCAUUAUGUACUUGGGAUUCGCCAUGCACAAGAUCGCCCGCAUGGAAGACUCGGACUACCAGCCGCUACGCAAAAAGAAGAGGGUGCCCAUCAUCAGCCGUGGUGCAGUUCGGGACUAUGAGGAGGCUGAGGACAACGGCGAGGAAGACCCAAUGGUCGCUGAGGAAAUCGAACAGGAGAAGCCAGAGAAGGGGGAGAAAAGCCCGCAGGAGAAGAAACAUGAUGGACGGCGGAGGAUCCUGCGAGACGGCCUGAUGAGAGUCUACAUAUGCCAGCUUCUGUGGCGCUCAGCCUUUGAAGUCUGCUUCCUUUGUGGCCAGUACAUCUUGUAUGGCUUUGAGGUUAUCCCUUUUUACGAGUGCACUCGCUCGCCGUGCCCGCACAGAGUGGACUGCUUUGUGUCUCGGCCUACUGAAAAGACCAUCUUCCUGCUGAUCAUGUACGUGGUGUCUUUCCUCUGCCUGAUCCUCACUGUCUUCGAAAUCAUGCACUUGGGCAUCGGCAGUAUCCGUGACACCUUCCGCAGGCGGGCCACCCUCAGAUCGCAUACGCCCUCUUCCUUGCAUGCCAUAGCCACUGCGCCACCAGGUUAUCAUGCUGCUGUAAAAAAGGGAGCCAAGGGGGAGCUGAGAAUGUCACCAACAGGUGACCCCGGCAUGGACAGUUUUGGUGACGGGGGCAACUCUUCCCGUGACCUGGAGCGAUUACGUAGGCACUUGAAGCUGGCACAGCAGCACCUGGGCCUGGCCUACCACACAGAGGAAGGAAGUCCCUCACGCAGCAGCAGCCCGGAGGUUCACGCUGUGGCGCAAACGCCAGCCGAGCAGAACCGCCUCAAUUUUGCCCAAGAGAAGCAGGGAGAUGCCAGUCAAAAAGGAAUACGUGCCUGAACCUGCUUCGGUCUUGUCGUUCCUACCAGCCUUUAUCACAUUGGGUGGGGGUGCCUCUGGAAAAGCAUUUGGACCACUGAGAGACGAUGUGUGUUUGUGUGUGUACGUGCGUGCGUGCGCAUGUGUGUGAAAGAAUGUUUCUUCCAGAAUUACAUGCGUUUUGAAAAGGAAUGGUGGUUCACUUUUAAUGGCCGUUACAUCUUCAGUUGAUGUUCAACCAAACGCCCAAGGCAGACCCGAGAUCGCUUAUUCGGUCGCUUAUUUGGCCUUAAAUCCCUGUCCGUUUCUGCCACCUCGACUGGCCCAGUUCUUUUUAUUUUUUCCCCCCCUCCUCCUCACAAAGGGCGUGCUUUUUUUGUAAGGUUUGUUAAGGCUAACUUGGGUAGAUGAUGUUUCUGGACCAGUGCUCAGUGUUGUUGUUUUUUUCUAAGGCGUAAGUAUUUUGUUCAUUGGGCCAAAAUGUUUAACUGGGGAAUGCUUGAAUUCAUUAUGCUCUCAACAUUCCUAAGAAUUUCCCAAAAAAAAAAAACACCUUUUUUUUUUUUUCUUGUUUUUGUUUUUUUGGGGGGUGGGGGGGCGGCGGCUUAUCGGCUAAACCUCAAGGAACUGCGUGGCGAUCAGCAGCGCCAACUCUAUCAUGCUCAAAUACAUUCCUCUUGGGUGAGACAUGAUUUUCCAUCCCUGACAUGCGUGGCCUGUGUUCAUGCUCCAACAGGAUGCUUAUCCACGCAACCUCACCCUGCAGUCAGCAGCUAAAACCCACUUUGGUUUUUGGAGUCCUGUGCAGGUCAACACGUUCUUAGCUUCGCAAUUGCUUUUUGGUGACCGGCUUGAAAUGAUGGUCGAUUCAAUCAAUCAAUUCACAUACCAAGUGUUUGUCUUUCAGUUGUACGCUACAUUCCAAACAAUACCGCUGCAAACAAUAAUAGCUUUCUUUUCUAGUUGUAGAUAUAUUUUUUUUCUUCUUCUUGAGAGUAAAUCUAUUUGAACCGAAA